AUGGGUUCAAUCGUCUCCUGCCUAUCCGGGCUUGUUCGAUCAGUAGCCUCACUACUGACAGGACUUGUCAGCGCUGUAGCCAGCUUCUUUAGUAUGAUCGUCAAUGCAAUCGUAUCCUGUAUAACAGGCAUAUUCCAUGCCAUCGGAAGACUCUGCCCCUGCUGUUAA